GAGAGAGAUAGAGAGAGACAGAGAGAGAGAGAGAGAGAGAGAGAAGUCCAGAAAGCUUUGGAGCAUUGAAAGAAGAAAGAAGAGUCGCUGCUGCUAGAUUUCCUCCCUCUACAACCAGAAACAAAGUGAUAUACUUUCCCCUGAAAAAGUUAGAGAAGCGGCCAUGGACGGGACAACGUUUGGACGCGCGUCGCUCCUGUGCACCUUGCUGCUCUGGGCAUUUCAAGUUUGUUUUGGCGCUGUGACCGUGAACGUGGCUCCUAAAGUGGAGGUGUUGAAAGGAGCCACUGCCAAAUUGCCAUGCACAUAUACUGUCUCACCAACACCAAGCAACACUGUCGUGGAGUGGUACAUUGAGGAGCAUGGAACCAGGCAGCGUGUGGCUUUCUCCCAGGGUGGCGUGGGAAAAAGCGAUGAGGGCACCAUUCUGACCGGGCGGGUCACUAUCGGAGAAGACUUCUCCUUGACCAUCUCCUCGGUUCAGCCCUCCGACGAGCUUGACUUCUUCUGCCAGGUCACCGCCGGACCCGCUGGAGUUGGAGAUGCCACCACUAUGCUCAAAGUCUUCUUUGCUCCUGAGAAGCCAGAACUCACAAAGCCAUCAACUCAGGCCAUUUCUGUUGGAGAGACUACCAGCUCUGAGAUUGGUACCUGUGUGACAAUGAACGGACAUCCCCAGCCAAGAAUCAUCUGGUUCAAAGAUGACCAGCCCCUACCUGAGGUCAAGGACAGGAGAGAGAAGACCAAUAUGGUUUCCUCGGUGGUGAAGGAGGCGUCUGGUCUCUACACCGUCAAGAACAUCCUCUACAUGCAGCCCAAAAAGGCAGACAAGGAUUCUGUGUUUCAGUGCAUCGUGGAGUACAGCAUGCCAGGAGACCAGAUCAAACAGAAGAAGUCCGACACCAUCACCAUCAACCUCAACUAUCCCUCUGAGAAAGCGACCUUUUCCCUUCUCAACACUGAUCUGAUCAAAGAGGGCGAUGCUGUUACCAUGAAGUGUGAGACUGAUGGAAACCCUCAGCCGGAGUUUGACUUUGUUAAAGAUGGAAAAGCCAUCACUGGUCAGCGUGGUGUCCUGCUGCUGAAAUCUGUCAAGCGCACAGACGCUGGUGUGUAUAUGUGUACAGCCACAGAUUUCGAAAACCUGGAUGCUGACCUGAGAGGAAACAUCACCCUCACUGUCAACUACAUCGACCCAGUGAGUGUGAUCCCUGCCGAACCUCAAGUUGUCAUGUUAGGAGACAAGGUUGAGUGGCAGUGUAAGACCAAGGCCUCUGCUGUUCACACUGUUCAGUGGAAAAAGGGGUCUGAGGUGCUCUCACAGGACGGCAUGCUGUCGAUACAAGAUGUUUCCUACGAUAAAGCUGGAGAGUACAUGUGUGUUGGAGCCGUGCCAUCUGUGCCAGGACUGAUAGCCCAGGCCAGUGUCAACCUCACUGUCAAAGGAAAGCCGAUGAUCCAGACUCCCCCCAUUACGGAGGUGGGGAAGGAAGGAGACAUGGUGACUAUGAAGUGCUCGGCCUACGGCUCUCCUGCCCCUCAGUUCAACUGGAAGCCCUCAGGAAAAGAGUCAGUAUCAGUGGAAGGUAACAAGGUGGUGAGCACCAUGACCCUGCAAGCCACAGCCGAGGUCAUGAAGGACGGGGUGACCUGCGAGGUCUCCAACAAGCACGGAACAGAUAGCAAGACCUUCAUGGUAUCUCUUAAAAGAGCAAUUGACAACUCGGCCGACAGAGCUGACAAGCAGCAGGGAGGCUCCAGCGGGGUGGUGAUAGCCGUGGUGGUGUGUGUUCUGCUGCUCCUGCUGCUGGUGGCUCUCAUCUACUUCCUGAACAAGAAGAGCAAGCUGCCCUGCAGCAAGAAGGAUAAGAAGGAAAUGGCCAGUGGAGAGGUGAACAAUGAUAUUGUGGUGGAGAUGAAGACAGACAAGGCCAACGAAGAGGCCGGCCUCCUCAACAAGAGACCGUCCACAGAACAGUGAUGAAACAAGACAAUGAAAGUGACCGACAGACGGAUGAAGGGAAGGAGGAGGACAGUAAUGAAGACAACAGGGCUACUUUUUAUUCACUGCACAAGAUUGUGGGGGACAAUCUUAUAAUAUGGACUUUGGUUUGUUUUGGGAACCUCGGGAGGCAUUGGUUAUGCUCGUUUUAUAACCUGGAGUAAAGCUUUUUGGAUAGAGUUUCUUCUCUUUUUCUUUUAAGAGACUCCAUCCAUUAAUGCUACCACAGGUUUAAAACCAUACUUGUGCAUAAUCACAAUGGGACAUAUCCCUGGAUGACACUAUUACCACGGCUUCUUCUGAUUCUUCCUCACCAAUCACAUCUUCGGUUGACUCCUCUGCAGAAUAGAGCUGAACGCCAUGACGCAAUCAAAACACAGUGGUACAAUCUUUCUUAUCUACCCCAAAUGAAACAUAAAAUGCUAUUAAGCCACUGUGAUUUUCUGGAGUGUGCAUCUGCCUGCAAGUGUUACACUCAACGUCUAUUCUGCCCGGGAGUCUGCACUUAAAUUCACUGCUUCACUGCUGGGUAUAUUGGAGGAAAUUACCAACACGGUGCCAUUCUGCUUUUCUUUCACCUUAAUAACAAGUGAUGAUUUAGGUUCACAACAAUAAAUCCCUCAGCCCACUGUCUGGCACACACAGCUGUAACAUUUCCGCUCAAAGAAGCUUUGUGUUUUUGCUUUAGUGCUGUUUGUUUAAUUGCCUUUUUGCCGCCUGUGAAUGUUUGUGUAUUUUGUUUUUUUUCCCAAUGCCCUUAAUUAGCUUUCCGUAGAAGCAGCUCAGGCAUUUAAUAACGCCAAUCUCUUCUCUUAAAUUGCUUGCCUUUUUUAAAUUCAGCUGCAACGCCACCAAAUAAGCAAGCUAUUAGGUUGUACAAAUUUGUUCUUGCCAUUUCCAGCAUACUUGUAUAUUAUGUUACUACGUCAAUCGUUCACUUUGCUCUCCUGUUUUCUCUGUCAAUUCAAAUACUACUAUUACCCUGUCUAUUAAGCAGGGGGUGUACUGUGCAUGAUGUGGAGUUCAAAUUGUCUGUGCUCGCUAAGCUGGUGGCCCGGGACCGUAAUUGCUACCAUUUCUGCUCAGAAAACCCAAUUAUCAUCAGCUUUCAGUUUCACUGAACUUUCAAAAUUGGAGGAAUUUGGCAAAAUGGUCGACAAUCUCAAACUGUGGCCUGUUGUGUUGUCAUUUCUCCCGUGACAACAAAAUGGGACUUUUAUGGGCUGCAGUAAUCACAGAUUCACCUGCUAGCAGAAAUCACUGGUACAGGUUCACUCUAGUUUGAUACAAGCAGGGAAGGGAAGGUGUGGGAGGGAUCGCGGGUUGUUGCUGGAGUAUGUGAUGUACUUUUUAUUUUUACCAAAUGGAAGAGUUUUUGAGUGUCACAGCAGGAGUGUAUCUAUGUUUAGGUAUUCAAUACUGGCAUUUCUGUUCCUCCCCUACACUGUCGGGCCAGAGAGGUUUGAUAGCUGGUUGACGUGCCCUUUUACUUUGUUGUACACUGGAACCAAUGGCCUUGAUUUUUAAAAGAAUGUCACCUCAAACCACUAUCUCGGCCCACAGGGCUCAUUUUAUUAUGUAAUGUCCGUCUACUGAUCUUGCCAUAUUGACUGUUAGCGAACCUGUGAUGGCAGGGGAAGAAAGAUAAGUGAACUUGGAGCAUCCUUUUUUUAUUUUUAAUGUUUUAUAUAAAAAUAAUGUGGUAUAAAAGUUGUUUUUUUUCUAGAAAGGGGGAUUCUUUAUUUUGGAACUACUGAGUUUUCUUUUUUUUCAUGCUUUUCCACUCGCUUUGAGAGAAGAGAGAAAUGUUGUUGUUUUUUAAUUUAGGAAGAUUCUUUUUUAGGAGAUAUUCUCAGUGCUUUACUUCUCUCUCUCUGUACUGUAUACUGUAUAUUUUGUGGAACGCUGUUGUGACCUCUGUGGUGUGUUGAUGUAUCUUUUUAUUUGGUUCCAGCUGUGUAGAAUUUAUAAAGAAACAAAACUCAAGAAA